AUGGGACAAGCUGCCUCUCUACCCUGCAGGAGAGGAACCACCUAUGUCACAGAGCUCUAUGAGUGGUUAAGAACAUUUAUGAAUGAGUGCCCUAGUGGACUGAUCACUCUGCAUGAGUUCCGGAGACACUUCUGUAAGGGUACUGUGGGCAAUGAGUCAGCUGAGUAUGCAGAGCAGAUAUUCCGCACCUUGGAUAAUAAUGGGGAUGGGGUUGUUGACUUCCGGGAGUAUGUGAAAGCCAUCAGUAUGCUGAUUGAAGGUACCCCAGUGGAGAAACUACGCUGGUCCUUUAAACUCUACGAUAAAGACAAAGAUGGAGCCAUAUCACGCAGGGAGAUGCUGGAGAUCAUGCAGGCUGUGCACAAGAUGAGCGUGGCAGCCUCACUCACCAAGCCUAACCCGCUUACAGCUGAGGAGUGCACCAACAGGAUAUUUGCAAGAUUGGAUAAAGACAACAAUGCCAUCAUCAGCCUGGAGGAGUUCAUCGAGGGGGCCCUGGAUGAUGAGUGGAUAAGGGAGAUGCUGGAGUGUGACCCCAACACUGUGAAGGUUGAGAGGCCCCCCAAGGGCCACAUCUUGCUUGAGUAA